GAAGGGGGCUGCAGCCGUGUGCACCUCGGCCGAGUCUCCAGAAGGGCUCCUCGUCCGCAUGGGGUUGGGGCCGUCUCGCGUCGCCGCGCCCCGUGGCCAGUGGGAAGUCCCUCCGGGUGUCUGACUUCCAUCCCUCCGUCCCCGCGGCCACCCCUGGAAGGAUGUCCUACUUGGCGCGCCCGGAACCAACGCAGGGACGGCCGCGGGUCCCGUGACCCCGCAGAGCCCCCCGGCGAUCGGGGCCAGGGGGCGGGGCGGGGCGGGAAGAAAGGGGUUUUGUGCGGCGCCCGGCGGGACGGCGCCCUCUUCCUCUUCCGCGCCCUGGCCUGGCCGGUCCUCGCGCCCGCUCUGUCUCCGCCGCAGUCUCGGCCGCGGCCUGGAGGAGCCGCGGACCCGGAGACCUGAGCUCGGCCCGCGACCCCGCGACGCUCGCUAGGCAGCAUGGCCCCGCUGCUCCCGGCUCUCAUGGUCGCCCUGGCCCUGACCCGGGUCCUGGAAGCUGACGUCCUGGAUGGGGACAGCUCGGAGGACCGCGCGUUCCGCGUGCGCAUCCCCGGGGCCCGCGCCGCGCCGCUGCAGGGCGUGCUGGGCGGCUCCCUCACCAUCCCGUGCCAGGUGCACACGCUGCGGCCGCGGGGCCGGGCGGCGCCGGGCUCGCCGCGGGUCAAGUGGAGUUUUCUGGCCGGCGGCCGCGAGGCGGAGGUGCUGGUGGCGCGGGGGCUGCGCGUCAAGGUGAGCGAGGCCUACCGGUUCCGCGUGGCGCUGCCCGCCUACCCCGCGUCGUUCACCGACGUCUCCCUGCUGCUGAGCGAGCUGAGGCCCAACGACUCGGGCGUCUACCGCUGCGAGGUCCAGCACGGCAUCGACGACGGCAGCGACGCGGUGGAGGUCAAGGUCAAGGGCGUUGUCUUCCUCUACCGCGAGGGCUCUGCCCGCUACGCUUUCUCCUUCGCCGGGGCCCGGGAAGCCUGCGCUCGCAUAGGUGCCCGCAUCGCCACGCCCGAGCAGCUCUACGCCGCCUACCUCGGGGGCUACGAGCAGUGCGACGCCGGCUGGCUGUCCGACCAGACUGUGAGGUAUCCCAUCCAGACCCCGAGAGAGGCCUGUUACGGAGACAUGGACGGCUUCCCCGGGGUCCGGAACUACGGCGUGGUGGACCCAGGCGACCUCUACGACGUGUACUGCUACGCCGAGGACCUCCAUGGGGAGCUGUUCCUAGGCGCCCCUCCAGACAAGCUGACGUGGGAGGAGGCCCGGGCAUACUGCCGGGAGCGCGGCGCAGAGAUCGCCACCACGGGCCAGCUGUACGCGGCCUGGGAUGGGGGCCUGGACCGCUGCAGCCCUGGUUGGCUGGCCGACGGCAGCGUGCGCUACCCCAUCGUCACCCCCAGCCAGCGCUGCGGCGGGGGCCUGCCUGGCGUCAAGACGCUCUUCCUCUUCCCCAACCAGACCGGCUUCCCCAACAAGCACAGCCGCUUCCACGUCUACUGCUUCCGAGACUCUGCCCACCCCUCUGCCAUCCCUGGGGCCUCCAACCCAGCCUCUGAUGGGCUAGAAGCCAUCAUCACAGUGACAGAGACCCUGGAGGAGCUGCAGCUGCCUCCAGAAGCGAUGGAGAGUGAGUCUCGGGGAGCCAUCUACUCCAUCCCCGUCAUGGAAGACGGGGCAGGUGGAAGCUCCACUCCUGAGGAUCCAGCAGAGGCCCCCAGGACCCUCCUAGAAUUCGAAAUCGCAUCUAUUGUACCACCCACGGGGUCCUCAGAGGACGAAGGCGAGGCAUUGGAGGAAGAAGAAGGGUACGAGGAUGAAGAGGAGGCAGAGGAGGAGGCAGAGCAGGAGGAGGACGUGUGGGCGUGGCCUGGCGAACUCAGCAGCCCUGUCCCCUCAGAAGCAUCAGUGGACUUGCUGUCCCAGGCACCCUGGGUCCUGCAGCCCGGCACACUGCCACCUCCCGAGGGACAGCCAGGAGCUCCCCGACCUCCGGGGGUCCGCCGACCACCUACUGAGGCUCUGCCCACUCCCGCGGAGGGGAGCCCAGCACCCUCACCGCCUUCCACUCCAGUUGGGGGGAGAGCGGUGGGGGAGGAGACUGGGGGUCCCGAGCUCUCUGGGGUCCCCCAGGGAGACAGCGAGGAGGCAGGGAGCUCCGAGGAUGCGCCCUCCCUGCCUUCUGCCGCGCCGGGCCUUGGUGCUGGGGAGCUGGAGGCCCCCUCAGAGGAGAACUCCGGAAGAGCUGUCCCUGCGGGGACCUCAGCGCGGGCCCCCGUGCUGCCCACUGACGGCGCCGGCCAAGGCAGUGUGCCCGUGGCCCCCUCCUCAGGCGACUGCGUCCCCAGCCCCUGCCACAAUGGUGGGACGUGCAUGGAGGAGGGAGAGGGACUCCGCUGCCUGUGCUUGCCCGGCUAUGGGGGGCACCUGUGCGACGUUGGCCUCCGCUCCUGCAGCCCGGGCUGGGACGCCUUCCAGGGCGCCUGCUACCGGCACUUCGCUGUGCGCCGCAGCUGGGAGGACGCAGAAAGCCAGUGCCGGCGGCUGGGCGCGCACUUGGCCAGCGUGCGCACGCCCGAGGAGCAGGCCUUCCUCAGCGGUCGCUACCGCGAGUACCAGUGGAUCGGGCUCAACGACAGGACCCUGGAAGGCGACUUCCUGUGGUCAGAUGGCGUCCCUGUGCUCUAUGAGAAUUGGAACCCUGGGCAGCCCGACAGCUACUUCCUGUCUGGAGAGAACUGCGUGGUCAUGGUGUGGCACAACCAGGGACAGUGGAGUGACGUGCCCUGCAACUACCACCUGUCCUACACCUGCAAGAUGGGGCUGGUGUCCUGUGGGCCCCCGCCAGAGCUGCCGUUGGCUCAAGUGUUUGGCAGCCCACGGCCGCGCUACGAGGUGGACACCGUGCUUCGCUACCGGUGCCUCGAGGGCCUGGUCCAGCGCAACCUGCCCCUGAUCCGCUGCCAGGAGGAUGGCAGCUGGGAGUCCCCUCGGAUUGCCUGUGUGCCCCGAAGGCCCGCCCGUGAUCCACACCCAGCGAAGGGCCCAGGACGCCUGGGAAGGCUAUGGGGCCGCCGGAAGGUGCUGCUGACCCCUCCUUCUAGCCCUGCUCCUGGCCCCGAGGGAGCAAGGCCUUGAACACUGCUGUCUGGGCACUGCCCUCUACCCCCAUCCCUCGAACCCUGUACCCUGUGAACCACAGGAAGUGACAGCCUGAGAGGCAGAGCGUGCCCGACAGGGCUUCGGGGAAAUCCCGGGCCCUCUCUCCCCUACGGGUGAGCCCUUCAGGACCUCACCCACCCUCUGCCCGCCAGCCAUCCUGCCCACUCAGCUUCCCUAGGGGGCACUGUGCCCACUCAUUCCUGGUAUUCACAGGGCCAGGGCUUUCGGGAUGGAGUACCAGUAACACCAGCAGGCAAUAAAGGUGUGCUUAAGCCCAAACAA